AUGGUAAGGUAUAUGAGACCUAGAAGAACUUCCUUUCCAGAUGAAUUAAGUCCUGAUAAAUUCUCAAUACAAAGUAAUGACAAACAAAAGAAUAAUACUGGUCGUGUUGCUACUAGUAAUACUAGUAAUACUACUACCACUAUUACUACCCCUAAUAAGAAAUAUCCCACAAAUAUACCCAUUCAAGAACUAGAAAACUUGUUUCAUAUAAAAAAGGAAAGAAAAGAUACAAAAUUCAUGAAUCAUUUGCAACAGAAUAUUCAAUUUGCCAAAGAAAAUAAUUUACUCAAAAUUAAAAUCAAUGAAUUGGAAUCAAGAUUAAAUAAUCUGUUAAGAGAGAAUUUAAAUUUAAAACAACAAAACUCAAUCAAUGAAUUACAAUAUAAAAAAACAUUAAAUGAACAGAUUAAUAUCUUGGAAUAUGGAAUGUUUAAAAGAUUCGAUGAAAUUAUUCUCAUGUUUGACAAUAUAAGAAAAAGAGAGCAUCUAUCUAUCAAUUUAAACCCACUUUGGAAUAAAUAUCAUCCUGAUAAUAAUAAUAAUAAUAAUAACCAUAGCAUGCCUAAUCCAUCUAAUUCUCUGUUGACUCCUUCAAAAAAAAGAAAUAGAAGAAAAUCUAUGUUUAUUCAAAGCGAUGACUUACCUUCAAUAAAUAAUGAUAUUCAAAAUAAUCCUAUCUCACAAUCCCCAGAUAAUUAUAUUGAGAAAUUUUCCAUUCCAAUCUUGAAACAUCCAGAUAAUUCAAUAGAUCAAGAUGCAUUUAAUAUUGAUAAUAAUAAUAAUAAUAAUAAUAAUAAUAAUAGCAGUAACAGCAAUAGUAGUAGUGAUAGAUCUAGUCCUUCUAUUUUGGAUUAUUCAAUUCCAGAAGAACCAGAAGAAAAAUUGGAUAAUAGUAAACAGAAUGAUACUAAGAAAAAUAACACAAAAGUACAAGAUGUUAGUAUCCCCAUUCCCAUAGCACAAUCAAACGAUAGCUAUAAACAACCUGCCACUCCAUCUGAAUCUAUUACAAAAAAAAAUCAGCGCAAACGUACCAAGAAACAUCCUCCAAGGACUCAAAAGAUUACAAAAAAAUCAAUUUCAAAAGACGAUAUAAUGCCCAAUACAACACCUAAUAUUGACACUGAUAUAGAUAUAAAUAAAAUUAAACAUUCAAAAGAAAACUCGUUUUCAUCUGGACAACCUGUCUUAGAAGGUAGAUCAUUAAGAAGGUCCACAAGGGGGAAAGUUGUUAAUUAUAAAUUACCCUCAUUAAGAGCCAAAAUGAGAAGACCUACAGAAAAAUUAGUAGAUGCUACCAUUGUUAAUGAUAUACACGAAUAUGAAGUAAGUUUGAACAAAAAUACAAUAGUUAAAGAAGAGCCAACAACUCCACCUCUGAAACAUAUGGCUGAUGAAAUAGUUUCGGAUUCAAAUCAAUAUAAAGCUAACGAUAAACUUAAAAAAGAGGAAAUUAAUUUUUCUAAGGAUAAAAGUACAAAACUACAACAAAGUAUCCCUUGUACUGAUCAAUCGGUGAUUAUAAAUCCUGAUAAACAUAAACUUAUAGCCUCAAAUCCAAAGAGUACAGCUUUGAGAAAGAAAACUGAAAUAUACAACGAUCUCCCGCAGGAUUCUGCUGAAACAUUCUCUGAAGAUCCUGAUGCUAUAACUCAAGAGGUAAAAUCAAAUAAACUUACUACAAAUAAACCAUCAAAAAAAAGAGAUAUAAAUAGCAUAUUAGAUAAUAUGGGAGAUAAAAAAAACAAUACUAAUAAAAGAGUAAAUCUUACCAAAGGUGAAUGUUUAAAAAUGAAACAUACUUUUGAUCUUAAAUCUAAUAAAAAUUUGGUUUCUCCUUCUUCUUCUCCCUUUUUCUCCAUUUCUGUCUCCUCGUCUAAACCUUUUACAUCAGGUAAAUUAAGCUCCAGUAAUAAUAAUAAUAGUAAUUCUUCCAAUCAAAUACUAUCUGAUAUUACAAACAAAAAUAAACCGGGGAAACAAAUAACUAAAAAUAAUAAAAAAAAAUUAUUAAAAACUGCAAUUAUUAAUGAUUUGUACAAUGACGCAGAAGAUUUAGAUAUCUAUGACAAAUGGAAUAAAACCACAACAAGCCCUUCUUUAUCUUCUGCUUCAUCAUCAGCAUCAUUUAGAUCAUUAUCCUCAUCCUUCCAUUAUCAAGAGCCCAGAAAUAAUAAUAAAGAAAAUAGAACUAUUAGUUUUAGAUUUAGUGAUGAUGAUUUAUCUGUAUUUGAUUUACUAGAUAAAUCAAGAACUAAUACUAAGAAAGUAAAAGCUAAAUGUACCAAAGAGAAAAGUAAAUAA